GCCCCCUCCAUGACUCAUCACAUUUGGUCCCAUCACUACUUGCAGCUAGCUUAGCUUGCUAGUUAGCUUAGCUUGUUAGCUGCUAACAACGAGACGCGGAAGUUACCUUUACAUCGCCAAGUAGAGAUCAAAUGUGAGUGUAAAGUGUUGUGAUUGUGGGAAAAUGUGCGAAAGAACGAUAGCAAAGUAUGAGGAGGAACUUUGUCCGACAAAAGAGGAGAAGGAGCGACAACAUCAACUCAUGGACGCUCAAGUUGUGUUACACAGAACAGACGUCUGUGAAGAACAACUUCUGCCUGAAAAACAGGAGUGUAGCUUCAGGAUGGUGAAGGAGGAUCCAUCAAAGAGGAAGACCAGGCGCCACAGACCCUCUGGUGUCUCCUUUUCCUCUUUGACACAGACCCUGCUCUGUGAAAAGGAAGAGGAAGACUCACUGACCCCACACAUUAAAGAUGAAGAGGAAGAACACAGCAUCAGUCAGGAGGGAGAUCAUCUUGAAGGACUGGUGGAGUUCCCAGUGACUGGUGUCCCUUUGAAGAGUGAAGAUGAUGAGGUCAAAGGUGAAAGUGAGGAGAAGAGCAGCAGCUCAACACAACACAUGACAACAGAAGCUGAUGGAGACCACUGUGGAGGAUCACAAGCAGACAAGCUCUUAGCUCCACUAUCAGAUAGUGAGGACACAACGUCACACUCUCCUGACACUGAUGAUGAAGACUCUAAAGAUGAUAAGACAUGUCACACUGACAACACUCACUUCAAAUGUUCUGACUGCGACAAAUCCUUUAAAUACCUUAGUUAUCUGAAAAGACACAUGAGAACACACACUGGAAAGAAACCUUUUUCUUGUCCAAUCUGUGGCUUACCUUUUACAAGGAAGGAAAAUAUGAAAGAGCACACAAGAACACAUAAAGGAGAACAACAUUUUACCUGUUCAAUCUGUAGUAAAGGUUUUGCACAAAGUCAAAAUUUGAAAGUACACAUGAGAUCACACACUGUCAAGUGCAGCGAUCGUUUAUUUUUUCCUCUUACCUGGACUUUUGACAUGGAGGAUUACAUAUCUAAAUUAAAACAGUUUUCGAAACUGGACUUUCAAUCGAAGCAGGAGGUAAUAAUUAAAGGAAGACCAAUGCCGGAGCUAAAAGGUUUGCUUCAGACUUCGGGACAUAAGGCCCGUUCUUUUCAAACGGCGUGGUACACACAAAAAGACUGGCUGUGUGGAUGUCCAGCAAGAAACCGCCUUUUCUGCUUCUCCUGUCUUCUUUUCUCUUCUUCUGACAAUGUCUGGACUCAGAAGGGAUAUUGUGACCUGAAGAAUUGGCAGAGAAGCGUCAUCAGCCAUGAGCGGUCGACCACUCACAUUCAAAGCCAGAUCGCGCUCAAAACGUUCGGGGUGUCCAGGAUAGACUUGGCUUUGGAUGAACAGCGAAGACUCAGCAUCAGCACCCACAAUGCUAAGGUAAAGGAGAACCGAGAGAUUUUAAAAGACCUCAUCAAUGUCACCUGCUUCCUCGCCAAACAGCAACUGGCAUUCUGUGGAAAUGAUGAAAGUACAGGCUCGACCAAUCGUGGCAACUACGUUGAACUCUUGCAUGCUAUUGCUGAGAAAGAUGACUCGCUAGCCAGGCGUUUGGAGACAUCCACUGUAUUUUCUGGUUUGUCAAAUGGAAUACAGAAUGACUUAAUCGAAGCAGUUGGGGAUGUCAUUAGAAAUGACAUUAAAAAGGAGAUCAGUGCAGCCCCAUUUGUUGCUGUAGAAGUGGACGAGACCACAGAUGUCUCAAACCAAGCUCAGAUUUCUGUCAUAUUACGGUAUGUGGCUACAACUGAAGCAGGCUGUGAGGUGAGGGAGGCGUUCUUGGGAUUUGAUGACGUCAGUAAUGACAGACGCGCUCCUGCCAUUGCUGAGUAUGUCCUGGGAGUGUUGGAGAAGUAUGACUGUGUUGACAAGCUUGUAGCUCAGACCUGUGAUGGGGCCGCUGUAAUGGCCUCAGAGCUUAAUGGCGUGCAAGCUAAAAUUAAAGAAAGAGUGCCCGAAGCCAUGUUCACCCACUGUUCCGCACACGAGCUGAACUUAGUGCUAUUGCAUUCCGCAAAGUGCAUGCCCGAGUGUCGCACGUUUUUUAAAACAGCUGAGGGACUAGCCUCAUUUUUCAGCAAGUCCACAAAGCGCACUCACUUGCUGGAUGAUGUUGUCAAGCGCCGUUUACCCAGAGCAGCGCCCGCAAGAUGGAGCUCUAACUCUGGACUGCUGCAGACAAUAAGCAUGCAGCACCAUGAUCUGCGCGCGUUAUUUCACAUCAUCCUUGAAAAUCCUGAUAGCUGGGAUAAUGACACGCUGAUGUUGGCAGCAGGAUACGAUCAGUGGCUGUCAAAAGCAUCCACAUGCUUUCUCCUUAUGGUAUAUGAGGACAUUUUCAAUGAGACUAAUGAACUUUCUAGAGUGCUGCAAAACAAAGUGAUGGACAUUGAAUAUUGCCUUGCACGCAUCCGCGACACCAUUGCAGCUCUCGAGCGCAUGGGACUGGAGUUCAACAUUUUCUGUGACCGAUUUGAGAAGAAAUGCAGCGCACUUGGCCUGGCAGAGAGUGGAGGAAGACAGUCAAUUAGAUUUGAGCAAAAACGAGUGUUCUGUAACAUUCUGGAUGACAUAAGCUAUCAAAUGAAGGCCAGGUUUGAUAAUUUUGGUGAGCUGGCUUUCCUUGGUUUGGUUGAUUGUUCAAAAUUCAGUGAAAUGUCAAAACAUUUUGAUGACACAAAACUGCAGAGCCUGUCAAAAUAUGCCAGAUUCUUUGACUUUGUGCAACUAAAGGCGGAUCUUGUUGGACUGUACAGCUCACAAACGGUGAGGGAUGAAUGUAAAUCUCCUGGACAGCUUCUCAGCUUUUUGGCCCAGAAGGACCUCAUCCAAACUGUUCCUGAGGCGACAAAGCUACUCCAGCUAGUGCUCACUGUUCCAGCUACUACAGCAUCGGUGGAGCGGUCAUUCUCAGCACUGAAAAGAAUCCAAACAUACAGUCGGAACACGACCGAUCAAGGACAUCUGUCUUCCCUGGCAGUGAUCUCCAUCGAGACAGAGAGACUUUUAAAACUGAAGAAAGAUCAGGAAGACUUCUAUAAACAAGUUAUCGAUGCUUUUGUUCAGAAGGAGCGGCGCAUGGACUUCAUUUAUAAGUAAGACCAUAAUAACGUUGUUUUUUUUAAUUAAUUGUGCUUUUUUGUGUGCUACAGUUUGUAUGUGUAAAGAAUGCCGGUAUGAGCUUUUAAACAUAACGUGUUAACUGCUGCCAAUCAAAUGGUGAAUAAGAUACUCUUUUUGUGAUGAAGUCAGUGCCUCACCAGCCAUGAACCUCGCCGCUCGUCACUGGUGACAGUUCUGAUCGAUAAUAAAGAAAAGAAGAACAAUAGGAAACACAUAUUAGGAGUAUGUUAGAAGCACAGCCUGUGGUGGUAAAAAAAAUAAAAAUAUAUAUAUAUAUAUAUUUAUAUAUCAGUGACAUGCAGUCAGGGGAAGCAGGUGCCAUCAUGGAAAGAAAAAAAAUUUAAAAAGAAAAAAAAAAGUUUAACCCUUGUGUGGUGUUCGGGUCUGUGGGACCCGUUUUCAUUUUUUAUUAAAAGAAAAAUGAUACAAUUAAUACAUUUUUCAAACUGAGACUAACUGACUGGCUCAUUUUCUGUGAAGAACAUAUAUCAGAAUACAUAUUUAAUGACCACACACCAUACACCCCACCUACACAUUUCUAUUACAUAUAAGAUGUCCGGGUCCAUUGGACCCGGGGCUAAUAGAAGUGUGGAAAUUGAUGUUGU